CGGUAGAUACAGCUGGUAUUUGACUGAUUCCUGGUCAUUACAAGACAUUUGUUGUAUAAAGAUGGAUAAGGGGCGUCCAACGCAUUUGUCUCCCUCUUUACUGACCUCCUACUCCAACAGAAUGGAAGGCCCAAGCGAAGACGGCAUUCGGUGUGGUAAAUGGCUUCUCCGACCAACCUGUGUUCGAAGACGUAGAGGCCAACCACUGUCACUGAAAUUCGAACCCUCAACUCCAACUUCGGAGAGGAAAAGACGUGCUUCAUCUCCUACGCCCUCGGCAAACUCAUUCACCGGCGAGCACUGUGUCCAAGUGCCUAUGAUGAGUCGUAAAAAACUCGAUGCCAACAAUUGGAGCUAUGAGAACACCAAAAUUUUCCUCCAAAUUAUGCUAGAAGAGGCGAGGAAAGACCAUUCAACAAACUCAAAGAAAACUCUCAAGUUUAAUCCCCUAGAAUGGGCGGCAAUCCUAGAGGAGUUAAAGAAGAGGACACAUAAGACUGACUACACCCUUAUUAAGAUCCAUCAGAAAUUUGACCACCUGAAUAAAGACUAUAGGCUAUUCAAAGACCUGACCGAGCGAAGUGGGUUGGGUUGGGACCCGGUUAGUCAAACCGUCACUGCAUCGGCGGAAUUGUGGGUAACGAAUUUGCAGAUAAACCCUAGAUAACCAUGAUU